AUGUUACCAUCUAGUUAUUUUUUAAUUACAUUACUGACAAUUCUUCAACUCAAAAAUCAGAUAAUUAAUUCAUGUAAUCAUAAUGCACCAUGUGGUUGUUCAAAUAAAUCUCGACUAGAUUCAAAAAUUGUCGGUGGACAAUAUGCUAGAAUUGAAACAUGGAGUUGGGUUGUGUCACUUCAUAUUCAAAAUAGAUUUCGAUGUGCAGGAUCGAUUAUAUCAAAUUCAUGGAUUUUAACAGCAGCACAUUGUUUUUCAAUAAUAAACAAUUUAGGAGAUAAUAUCUUUCGCAUUCAUCCUUCUGAUAUUACAGUACAUGCUGGUUCAAAUCAUCGAUCUGAAAAAAAUCAAUUAAGAAAAGUAACUGAUAUUAUUUUUCAUCCUAAUUUUGAUCAAUCAAAUUUUAUCAAUGAUAUUGCUUUGCUCAAACUAUCGUUACCUCUUCAUAUGACUGAUAAUAUUUUAACCAAAAUAUGUUUACCAAAUAUAUCUUUGAAAGAAUAUCCACCUGUAGAUUCUUCACUUGUUGCAGUUGGUUGGGGUAGACUCUGGGAAAAAGGUCCAGAAUCUUCAACACUUCAACAAGUUAUAUUGAAAACAAUUGAUUAUCAGAAUUUCACUUGUUAUCCAUUGAUCUAUGAUCGAUUCAAACAAUUCUGUGCUGGUGUUGAAAACAGUACAAAAGAUACAUGUCAAGGUGAUUCUGGUGGUCCUCUUAUGAUGUUUACAUCAAGUAAACAAUGGGUUAUUGUUGGUUUAACAUCGUUUGGACACGGAUGUGCACAACCAGGAUUUUCAGGUGUAUAUACACGUAUAACAACUUAUUUAGAUUGGAUAAAUUUGUUCGUCAACAAUGCAAAUGAUUCAAUACAUCCUUAUUCAUUAAUAUCAAACAGUCCAUUUGAUGAUGAUGAUAUCGAAUGGCGAAAUAAUAUUUCCUGUCAUCAUUCGAUGUCUUUAUAUUUAUCUCUAGUGAUAUCAAUAUUGUUAUAUUUAAUCACGAUGUAUUCUUGA